UGUCACUGACGUCGUCCCCCACGUCACUCAGCUUCGGCGCCGUCAUCCACGUUCAUUUAUCGAUCGAUGCGCACCGUUUUUGAAAAAUGGCCGGUGCCGCCGAUCUCGACAAUCUCGAAUAUUACAUCAAAUUUCCCAGUCCAAAUUUUAACUACAGCCAACCGAAUGGCACCGGAGAAAGUGACUACGUUUUUGUCGUCAAUGAAGAAAAAAUCCCCGUUAUCCUACUUUUCGGUUGGGCCGGAUGUCAGGAUAAGUAUUUGGCCAAAUAUUCGCAAAUUUACGAAGACCGAGGUUUGAUAACUUUGAGAUACACCGCUCCGGUGAAAUGCCUCUUUUGGAAGCGACUGCAGAUGAUCACGAUUGGAGAACGACUCGUUAAGCUUUUGGUUGAUUUAAAUUUUGAGAAUCACCCGAUUAUUGUGCAUUGUUUCUCAAAUGGGGGCGCUUUUCUGUAUCAGAAUUUCACGCUGGCGCUUGAAAAGAGCCCCAAACCGAUUCAGAUAAAAGGAGUGAUUUUCGACUCAGCGCCCGGAAAACGUCGCGUUCUGAGUCUGUUUCGGGCCAUUUCGGCAAUUUUGGGUGGAAGGCCCCUUUACAAUAUUCCCGCUUCAGUCCUCAUGACUAUGUUUUUGUCUAUGAUUUGGUUAUACGAGGUUGUUAGCAAUUACAUCAGUCCGAAAAAAACGUUCCAAUCGAACCCGUUAGAAAACUUGAAAGAUGAUAAAAACAACUGUCCCCAACAUUUUAUCUACUCGAAAAAAGACAUUCUUAUUCCUUAUACGGAUAUUGAAUAUUUCGCCAACUAUCGAAAAUCUCUGGGUAUCGAUGUAACAACUCUCUGUUACGAAACAAGUCCUCAUGUUAAACACUACACCGAAAAUAAAGAAAGUUACGUGAGUAGCGUAUGCAAUUUUUUAAAUAAAUGCCUAAAUGGCACAAAUUAAUUCACACAAAAAACAUUUCAACGCUUAAUUAAACUUUAGGGUACAAUUUAUUUUUCUAGACGUUGUUGAAUUGCACAAAAUGUAUUUAUUUCAAUUGUUUCAUUAAAACUAUGUUCCCAAAUGA